GUUAAAUUCAUUACAUAUAUAAGAAGAUAUUGGGUGGGGUUUUAGAAACUCUGAUUAUUUUUUCUCAUUUGUGAUUAGAUAUAUUUUUGUCUUUGUACAUAUGAAGAAGUUAAGUGAAGUUUUGAAGAGAGAGGGAAAGGCCUAUUUAGGAGUUAUUGCUGUAAGAGCUCUAGAUUCUGGUUUGAUUGUAAUAGCAAAGAUUGCAUUGAACCAUGGAAUGAGUCCACAAGUUUAUACACUCUAUCGUUAUUUUGUUGCUUCCAUUGUCAUUGCUCCAUUUUGCUUCUUCUCUUAUAGAAAAGGACCAAGACCACGCAUGACUUGGUGCAUCCUUGCAAAGAUCCUAUUGCUCGGCACUGUGGAGUCUGUGGUUAUCACUAACACAUAUUUCACUGGUUUGAAAUAUGUAACUCCAACAUUUUCCACUGCCAUGUCCAAUUGCAUUCCUGCCCUUUCCUUCUUCUUUGCUUGGGUUUUUAGGAUGGAGAAGGUUGAUGUAAGGAGAUUUUCAAGUCAAGCAAAGAUAUUAGGAACAGCAGUGACAGUGGGAGGAGCAAUGAUAAUGACGUUUGUAGAAGGACCAAAGUUGAGAUUUCCUUGGACACAUGAACAUAGUACUCUCUAUAAUCACCCUUCAACACCAUCCUCCAAUGUUAAUAAUAAAGAUUCUUUCAAGGGGGUCAUUUUGAUCAUAAUUGCUAUUCUUGGCGCUUCUGUUGCAUGCAUUAUCCAGGCAAUUGUAUUGAAAUCAUACCCACUGGGGUUGGUUGUAACAUUUAUGGUAUGCAUAGUGGGAGUUGUGGAAGGAACUGUGGUAGCCUUAGCAAAGGAAUGGAACAACCCACCUGUCUGGUCUAUUCAUUUUGAUUUUCAACUCUUGUCCUUCCUUUAUGCUGGAAUAGCAAUGUCAGGGUUUGCAUACUUCAUUCAAGGAGUUGUACUGGAAACAAAGGGACCUGUGUUUUUGACAAUAUUUUUUCCUCUAAGUACCAUUAUAGUUGCAGUCAUAAGCUCUUUUGCUGUCUCUGAGGUUCUGUCUUUGGGAAAGAUUGUAGGAGCGAUGGUCAUAAUAAUGGGUCUUUAUUUAGUUCUAUGGGGCAAAACCAAAGACCAUGCCAUUGAGAAUAAGGCAGCCAGACCAAUUGAUGAUGCGACACCAAUAGCAUGAUUUUGAACUUUGAAUAAUAGUGUUCUAGCCACAUAGGGGGCUAGAAUAUCUGCCCUCCUCAAUUUGUCUGUCUUUUGUAUUUUUAAUAUAAAUUAUUAUCUAUCUUUUUGUA